ACGUAGUAGACAACCAGGAAGAGAGUUGCAGAAAGUGAACAACGUUUGAACAACGUGAGCCGUGUGAGCUGUUUGUACGCUGCUGUCCGACAAAGUCAAAAACUCCCCGGUCGGGAAACACGAACAGGCUCCAACACAACAAGGAACAGCUGCAUUAAAGAGUGCUCAUGGCUCUGAAUAAGUCCAUGCACCCUCGGAACCGGUACAAGGACAAACCGCCAGACUUCGGUUACCUAGCAGCCAAAUAUCCGGACUUCGAGCAGCACGUGCACACCAGCCUCACCGGAAGACCUGUUGUGAAUUUCAAAGAGCCGGAGGCGGUGCGAGCGCUGACCUGCACCCUACUGAAGGAAGACUUUGGUCUGACCAUCGAGAUCCCUCUGGAGCGUCUCAUACCGACCGUGCCCCUCCGCCUCAACUACAUCCACUGGGUGGAGGACCUCAUUGACGGCCAGAAGCAACCACGCAGGGGCAUCGACAUCGGCACUGGGGCUUCUUGUAUCUACCCCUUGCUGGGAGCCACAAUGAACGGCUGGUACUUUCUCGCCACAGAGGUGGACGACAUCUGUUUUGACUACGCUACAAAGAACGUGGAGCAGAACAACCUGUCUGACCUCAUUAAAGUUGUCAAAGUCCCUCAGAAGACUUUACUGAUGGACGCCUUGAAAGAAGAGACAGAAAUAGUUUACGAUUUCUGCAUGUGCAACCCUCCUUUUUUUGCCAACCAGCUGGAAGCGAAGGGGGUAAACUCCAGGAACUCACGGCGACCUCCUCCCAGUUCAGUGAACACAGGCGGGGUGACAGAGAUCAUGGCGGAGGGCGGGGAACUGGAGUUUGUCAAGAGGAUCAUUCAUGACAGCCUGCAGCUCAAGAAACGCUUGCGGUGGUACAGCUGCAUGUUGGGGAAGAAAUGUAGCUUGGCACCUUUGAAAGAGGAGCUGAGGAAGCAAGGGGUGCCCAAAGUGACACACACAGAGUUCUGCCAGGGGCGGACAAUGCGGUGGGCUCUGGCCUGGAGUUUCUAUGACGAUGUGAUUGUUCCGUCCCCUCCCAGUAAGAAGCGUAAACUGGAGAAGGCGCGGAAGCCCCUGUCGUUCACUCUACCGGAGGCAGGACUGAAGGAGCUCCAGGCCAAGGCCUCGGCUUCAGGCGGUGCCGGCGGCAGCCCCGUGGACAGCAUCGCUGCUCUGCUGGAGAAAACCCUCACUGACCUACGGGUGCUGCACAAACGCGUCCCGUGCAGAAAUCAGGAGCAGAGCCUCUUUCUAACGGCUGUGGAGAACACUUGGAUCCACGGGCGACAGAAGAGACGUGAAGGGUCGCGUCAGUUGCGAGAGCUGCCCAGGGCGCCUCACUGUGCUGGAACCAGCUCUCAACCCACCGCGGCCGCUGUAGCUGCUCCGGCCACAACCCCGGCUUCUCAAAACCAGUCUGCCUCCACACAAAACACCAACACUGAGGACGACGGCGCUCAAAACAAAACUACGCCUGCACACAAGGGAGCUGAUCCGCUGCAGCCCACAGAGCAGACCUCCAACGGCGCCUCUUCAAAUGAGACGAGCAAAGACGUAACACGCGACCCGAAUGGAGAGCAACGAGAGGUCUUAGAGAAGGUGUCGGGUGAAGAUGUGGACAUGGAGUCCUCGAUCUCCACAGAAGCAGGGCAGGAAACGGUCCCAAAGGAAGCACCUGCUGCAGCAACUGACCCGCCCUCCAAGCGACCCCUGACCCCUGGUGCCGUCGAACAUUUCCUGUUUAAGUGUCUGCUGAACGUGAUGCUGGAGGAGGGCGACGUAGUGAUUGAGAUGCACUGGGUCGAGGGUCAGAAUAAAGACCUGAUGAACCAACUGUGCACUUACCUGAAGAACACACUUUUAAAGUCUGUUGCAAAGUCCUGAAUGAUCAGAAGAACGGGUCCUUUUCUUUUUAAAACGGUAUAUUAAUCAUUCGUGACAGCGAGCAAGACGUCGCAAAUAUUAUUUUUAGGGAUGUUUAUUGAGUGCCUGUUUCUUUUUGAACAGUUUAAAAUGAUUCAUUGUACGUAACUGUACACAGUGUUUAAUUCACUGUGACCUCUGGAGGUUUAUUCCAGUAGAUUAUUAUUAUUAUUGGGCUUUUUCUUUACCUUUUUGUUAGACAGCGACAGUGAAGACAGGAAAUGUGGAGAGAGAGGAAUAAGUCCUUAUCUAUUCAGGAUAAGGACUUAUUCCAGUAGAUAAUCAGUGACAUUCAUUUAUCAUCUCAUUUCUUGUACUUGGCGGUUUACCUUUUAAGGUAGAACAUAUACUGUACACUGGUAUUUUGUGCUCAAAGUUGCAAUAAAUGUAAAUUUUUAUAA